GUCAAAGUAGAAAGUCGGAACAAAAAUUUGGUAUGUAAAUCAAACAAGUUUCAAAGUAGGCUAUGUUUAAAAUUUGAUGAUCCAUCAAAGUAGUGCAAACACCAUACCCCACAAGAUAAUAUUAACUAAUAAGAGAAAGACAAAAGAGCAAAGAAAAUAGAAACAAGAACGUUGAUAUGGCAGGUAAGAUGGAUUCUUAUCUUAUGCGGGUGGGGAUUUGAGGAUCCUAGGAUAUAUAUUAGUCAAACGGGAAUCGAUCACAAACCCUAAUUACCAAACCUUUGAGUGCCCCAACCAGAUUACGAUGAAUCCUUUACACCCUACUGAUGAGUUGUACUUUCAGAUUACAACUGAUAAUUACUAUUCCCAACCAAUCCAAACAACCCCUCCAGAAAAUCAGAUCUUCUAUGAUCCUGUGCUCGAUGGUAGUGCUCCCAUUCCCUGUACAGCUCAAAUGGGCACUACCAAGGGCGAGCAGAGAGGAAAGUUACCAGCUUGGACAAAGGAAGAUUAUAAGACCACCACCAUGGAUGAAAACAAGAGGUGGAUGCAUAGAGAGACUGAAAAACAAAGAAGGCAAGAAAUGACCAGGCUUUGCACCGACUUUAGAUCUCUUCUGCCUCUUCAAUAUAUCAAGGGAAAACGCUCAAUUUCUGAUCACAUGCAUGAGGGUGCAAAUUACAUCAAACACCUUGAAAAUAAAGUGAAAGAGUUGCAAGCUAAGAGAGACGAGUUUAAGAAGUCGUCCAAUUUGAGUCCUGUUGUUGUUUCUGAUAGUGGAAGCUUUAGCACUACAGAUCUUCCAAUAUGUGUCAUUGUUCAUCCUUUUCCGGGAGGUAUUCAGAUUAAGUGUAGUUACAGCUUCAGAAAAUAUGUCUUUCCUUUGUCAAGAGUGAUAGAUAUGGUGCUUAAAGAAGGGCUUGAUGUUGUCAACUGUACCUCCACCAAAACAGAUGACAGCUUCAUACACACUAUCCGAAUAGAGGUUCCACAUACGAUGACUGGGACUAAUUACACUGAACUGCAAAAGAAGCUUGUCGAAGCGAUAUCAUCUUCAUGUUCGGAGGAGAUACUAUCUGAAUCUGAAAACUGCUGAUAUCUUGUGAAAGAUGUACUGUGUGCUGAUAUUUCUGAUCUGGACAAUUAACUUCAGUCGUGUGUACAUGCUAUUAUUGUACCACUAGUAGCUGGUUGUCAUGUCCAUUGGAACACUCUGAGGCGAAUCCAGUUGAAUGAGUAAAGUUCAAAAAUGGCAACGGUAUUCCAUGAGCUCGUUUAGUUUCUUUUCUAGUGGAAAUCAGAACCAUGUCAUGCAUUGUAGUUGAAUGUUAUGCAAUCACUCUGACUAGUAACGUCUUGCAUUACUUUCUGGUUUUGAA